AUGGCAAGUGAAGAGCAGAUAUCGCAGUGUAUGCAAAUCAUCAGCGAAGCAAUCUCAAUCGAACCAGAAGACUUGCAAGACCACGAAACAUGGCAAUUCCUUGGCCUGGGAGAUCUCUUGGCAACGGCGACGGUGUCAGAUCUACAGAACCAGGCCGGCGUUGAUGUGCCGGAGGAUUUGUUUACGAAGCAACCCACUGUUGGACAGCUCAAAGCCUUUCUUAGAGGGGAGGAGGAUACAAGCAGACCGGUCACGGCGAUACACUCACCUACAUCGACCUCGACUCUUGAUUGUGGACCUGAAGACCCUUGGGAAGGCGUACCCAAGCCGAAAGUGCCAUUGUCGGUCGUGCUGCAAGGCAAGCCAGAAUCGGCAUCGACCGUGAUCUUCUUGUUCCCAGACGGAAGUGGUGCUGGCACAUCGUAUGGAACCCUCCCGACCAUCGGCAACGAUGUUUGCCUCAUCGGACUGAACUCGCCCUUUCUUCGGCAAGCACAGAGUUUCACAUGCUCGAUGGAGCGUAUGGCACGGCUGUGGCUUGAUGAGGUCCGAGGGCUGCAGCCGCAGGGCCAGCCUUAUGUCCUUGGAGGCUGGUCUGCUGGCGGCUACUACUCGUUCGAGGUUGCGAAGCUGCUCACUGCUGCUGGUGAGAAGGUGGAGAGGUUGAUCCUCAUAGAUUCGCCUUGUCGGCUGGUUUACGCAGCACUACCUGAGCAAGUGGUCGCCGAGCUUACUCGGAAAGGCCUGAUGGGUGCCUCUGGAGAGAGGAAGGCGCCUGAGUGGCUGGUGCAGCACUUCACAUCCACCGUGAUAUCCGUGGAGAAGUACAUGCCCACGCCACUGCCGAGAGACCAUGUACCUGCGCAUGUUCACUUCAUCUGGGUCAAGGAGGGACUCGUCGAGAGCGUGGCUGACUCUGGCUUGAAUGUCGACCUUAACGUCAAGGUCACAAGAUUUCUGCUCGAGCCACGAGGUAACCUCCAAAGCGAAGGCUGGGAGAGGCUGUUACCUGGAGCAGAACACACAUACGACUAUAUGACCGGGAAUCAUUUCCAGAUCACACAAACCCCCCAUGUCGAGAGCUUGGGGAAUUUGCUUCGCAAGGUAGCGAAAGCAUAA